CCACUACCACUACCACUACCACACGCGAUCCACCCGCAACCGCCAACCUUCCUCUCCCUCCCUCCUAACGAUCAUCUCGACUUACCUCGGACGCUGUCACUCAUUUUCUUGAUAACCCUGCGAUCUUACCGCCCCGCUCGCCAUGGCUGACGCGCCCAACUCUGGCGAUGAGCUGUACCCUAUCGCCGUCCUUAUUGACGAGCUGAAGCACGAUGAUGUUUUACUCCGUCUCAACGCCAUCCACCGUCUCUCGACCAUUGCUCUCGCUCUCGGCGCUGAACGAACCCGUGAGGAGCUUAUCCCCUUCCUCGAUGAGUCCGUGGAGGAUGAAGAUGAGGUCCUUGUUGCCCUGAGCGAGGAGCUUGGCGGCUUUGUCGAGUAUGUCGGCGGUUCCCAGUGGGGUCACGUUCUGCUGUCUCCCCUCGAGAACCUCGCUUCUAUCGAGGAGCCCGUUGUUCGCGACAAGGCCGUCGAGUCCCUGAACAAGAUUUGCACCGAGCUUUCAUCCCAACAAGUCGAGGAAUAUUUCAUUCCCCUCACAAUUCGCCUCGCCAAGGCCGAUUGGUUCACAUCAAAGGUUUCGGGAUGCGGCCUCUUCACAACUCCUUACAACAAAGUCUCCCCACCCGUUCAAGAGCAGCUGCGCCAGCAGUUUGGCCUGCUGGUUCACGAUGAGACACCCAUGGUCCGUCGCCAGGCUGCCACCAAUCUCGCCAAGUUUGUCAAGGAGAUGCCCGCCACCAUCGUUGUUGACGAAAUGAUACCCCUCUUCCAACACCUCGCACAAGAUGAUCAGGAUAGCGUCCGAUUACUUACAGUCGAGGUUCUCAUCUCUAUUGCCGAAGCCGUUCCCAAAGAGCAACAGGCCAGCCAUGGUGUCUUGCUGACAGCUCUGCGCAAUUUGAUAGAGGACAAGAGUUGGAGAGUCCGAUACAUGAUCGCGGAUCGAUUUGAGAAGAUUGCUAAGGCGGUAGACGAGGAGGUCGUUUCUAGAGACCUCGUUCCUGCAUUCGUAAAACUUCUCAAGGACAACGAGGCCGAGGUGCGAACCGCUAUUGCUGGCCAGAUUCCCGGCUUCUGUGCUCUCGUGGAUCGUAACGUGCUCCUCAACGACAUCAUGGGCAGCAUUGAGGAUCUUGUUUCGGACACAUCCCAGCAUGUCCGUGCUGCGCUUGGUACUCAGAUCAGUGGCUUGGCUCCUAUCCUUGGAAAGCAAGAAACUAUCGACCACCUUCUCCCCAUGUUCCUCCAGAUGCUUAAGGACGAGUUCCCGGAAGUUAGGCUCCAUAUCAUCUCCAAGCUUGAGCUCGUGAACCAAGUCAUUGGUAUCGACCUUCUCUCACAGUCACUCCUUCCCGCAAUUGUACAACUCGCUGAGGAUAAGCAAUGGCGAGUACGACUUGCGAUUAUCGAGUACAUCCCCCUCCUCGCCAGUCAACUGGGCGUUCAGUUCUUCGACGAGAAGCUCAGCAAUUUGUGCAUGGGCUGGUUAGGAGAUACUGUUUUCUCUAUCCGUGAAGCCGCUACUCACAACCUGAAGAAGCUCACUGAGGUCUUUGGUGUUGAGUGGGCCAGCGAAGCUAUCAUCCCCAAGGUUAUGGCUAUGGGUAACCACCCUAACUACCUUUACAGGAUGACCACCUGCUUUGCUAUUUCGACAUUGGCGAGCGUUGUGAGCAUGGAUGUGAUUGCCAAGUCGAUCCUCCCUAUGCUCGACAAGCUGGUCACUGACGAUAUCCCCAACAUCCGCUUCAACGUGGCCAAGACAUACCGCGUCCUGAUCAAUGUGCUUCGACGUCUGCCUGACGAGGGUACCCUGUAUGAUUUGGAGAAGCAGGGCAGUGAGAUCACACCGUCGCCUCGGGGCUCGGAGCUGAUCCAACAACGAGUUGUUCCUAACCUGGAGAAGUUGCAAAAGGACGACGACGUGGAUGUGCGAUAUUUUGCGACGACAGCAGCUGCCGAGAUCUCGGGACCCAUUGCUGGCGGGGAGCCUAUGAAUACAUCGCCAUAGAUGAGAGACGUAAUGAAGCAAUAAUCAUUGUCGAGACAGAUUUUGUCUGCUUUUGUUUUGUCCCGUCCAUAUCGCUACAGAAAGAGAGAAAGACAAACAGAAGCCUAUGAAGUCGUACGUUGCAUAUUAGAAGCCACUAGUUGGAGCUGGACAUUGUUGCGCUGAGUUGA